CCGAGAAAAUUGAGAAGGAAAAGAGAAUCGAGAAGGAAAAGAGAAUCGAGCCUUCGGAGCUCGGUUCGGAAAACCUUCUCCCGCCACCACCUCCUCCUUCUCCUCACUCUCACCUCACGCCAAAUCCUUCAAAUUUUCAUUUUCCUCCUGCUAAUUCUAGGGUUUCAGAAGCCGGACUGAUUUGAAUUUGAUUAAUUGGGAAAAUAUGAAAUUUGGAGACACUUACACCGAGUUUUUGCACAAGGAAAAGAUACGAUUGUCGGAGAAUUGCUCGCAUGUCGAGUACAAGCGGCUGAAGAAUGUCCUCAAGACUUGUCAGAGUUGUAAGGCAUUGCAGGAAUCUUCAGCUACGGAAGGACAAGAAGGCGCUUCUAACCAAAAUCAGCAAUUGUGCCAAUGCCAAUCUUGCACUUUGUGCGACCAGGCAUUUUUCACGGAGUUAAUGAAGGAGGUUUCAGAAAUAGAUAUAUGCUUUAGUUUGAGAGUCAGACAUCUCCUUCAUCUCCAUGUUGCUACCGGGUUGCAGAGAUACUUUCUGCUGUUCCGUCAGUGCUUCAUGAAUGAUCAACAAGCCAUGGUAGAAAAAGGGCGGAUGUUGAUUGAGUAUGUUACGAUGAACGCAAUUGCUAUCAGAAAAAUCCUUAAGAAAUAUGAUAAAAUACAUAGCUCCGAAAAUGGCAAGCUUUUCAAAUCCAAGAUGCGGGCUGAACAUAUUGAGAUUUUGCAAUCACCUUGGCUUAUAGAAUUGGGUGCAUUUUAUUUGAAUCUUGAUGUAUUGGAUGGUGACGAGCUUAAUGAGGUUUCUGGUCGCUUUUCCUGUGAUCUCUCUGGGACACCACCUACAAUGACAUUGAUGCUUCCUGACUCCUUAAAGAUGGAAUAUGAUCUAACUUGUGCUGUAUGCUUGGAAACUGUUUUCAAUCCCUAUGCUUUGAGCUGCGGCCACCUGUUCUGCAAGUCCUGUGCGUGCGCAGCUGCUUCUGUGUUUAUCUUCCAAGGCCCUAAAUCUGCAGCCCCGGAUGCAAAGUGCCCAAUAUGCAGAGAGGCUGGAGUGUAUGCUAAAGCAGUGCACAUGUUGGAACUAGACCUGCUCCUGAAAACAAGGUGCAACAACCAUUGGAAAAAGAGGUAUAAUGCAGAACGCGCAGAGAUACUGAAGCAAACUAAGGAGUUCUGGGAUACGCAAGCAAAAUAUGCAGGGUUUUGAUUGAUCAAUUGAGGGGGCACAGGGUCCCAUAUCUAUAAUCACGUGAUGAGAAAUGCAGGAAGACGGUGAUAUAUCCCUGGGGACAGCCAAGAACCUCCUGCGAUCUAGCCAAUAAAGCGUUUAAUGCUGCAAAUCCAUCGCGUUGGAAAGAUCAUUGUUUGAAGCUGGUAUAUUUAUAUGUAUUUGUGUUCAUAUACCGGCAUUUUUCGUUACUUUAUUCGUUGACAUAUUAGGCAAAUUAGGUAUUAAUUAUCGUACAUAAACAUUAAUUUUCCAAUUAAAAUUGUAUGGCUCGUGAGCCUGUAUUUUUUUUUUUUUGGUAAAUUUUA